AUUAGCGGCAGCAGCGGCGCCGCCUCUCCCGGAGCGCAGACCCAGGAAGCGGUCGGGAGGGGAGGGAGCGAACCAGGCCGGAGCCGAAGCCAUCGCCGUCAUGGAGCUGAGAGUUGGGAACAGGUACCGGCUGGGCCGAAAGAUCGGCAGCGGCUCCUUUGGAGACAUCUAUCUCGGUACUGACAUUGCUGCAGGAGAAGAAGUUGCCAUCAAGCUCGAAUGUGUCAAAACCAAACACCCUCAGCUCCAUAUUGAGAGCAAAAUCUACAAAAUGAUGCAGGGAGGAGUGGGCAUUCCUACGAUUAAAUGGUGUGGGGCAGAAGGGGACUAUAAUGUCAUGGUGAUGGAGCUUUUGGGACCAAGCCUUGAAGAUCUCUUCAAUUUCUGCUCAAGAAAAUUCAGUCUGAAAACUGUCCUGUUACUUGCUGACCAGAUGAUUAGUCGGAUUGAAUACAUUCAUUCAAAGAACUUCAUCCACCGUGAUGUGAAGCCGGAUAAUUUUCUUAUGGGACUGGGAAAAAAGGGUAACCUAGUCUACAUUAUAGACUUUGGGUUGGCCAAGAAGUACCGGGAUGCUAGGACCCAUCAGCACAUACCCUAUCGUGAGAAUAAAAACCUCACAGGAACUGCUCGUUAUGCCUCCAUCAACACUCAUCUUGGAAUUGAACAAUCUCGAAGGGAUGACUUGGAGUCCCUGGGCUAUGUGUUGAUGUACUUCAAUUUGGGGUCCCUACCCUGGCAGGGGCUGAAGGCUGCUACCAAGAGACAAAAAUAUGAAAGAAUUAGUGAAAAGAAAAUGUCCACUCCCAUUGAAGUGUUGUGUAAAGGCUACCCUUCUGAAUUUGCCACAUACCUGAAUUUCUGUCGUUCAUUGCGUUUCGAUGACAAACCUGACUAUUCCUACCUGAGGCAGCUCUUCAGGAACCUGUUCCAUCGCCAGGGUUUUUCCUAUGACUAUGUGUUUGACUGGAACAUGCUCAAAUUUGGUGCCAGCCGGGCAGCCGAUGAUGCCGAAAGGGAACGCCGGGAUCGAGAGGAGCGAUUGAGACAUUCCCGAAAUCCAGCUACUCGGGGUCUCCCUUCCACUGCAUCAGGCCGCCUCAGGGGAACACAAGAUGUAGCUCCUCCCACUCCCCUCACCCCUACCUCACAUACUGCUAACACCUCUCCUCGGCCUGUCUCCGGAAUGGAAAGAGAGCGGAAAGUGAGUAUGAGACUGCAUCGUGGUGCCCCAGUCAAUAUCUCUUCGUCUGAUUUAACAGGCCGACAAGAUACCUCUCGCAUGUCAACCUCACAGAAUAGCAUUCCUUUCGAACACCACGGCAAGUAGCUGCUCGUCUACCCGUUGGAAGGCAGCACUGGAUUCCCGGUCGGGUGACUUCCAGUGGUCUUCAGUCUGUCGUGCACCGAUGAGAAAUCUCCUUUUUGCUGUGGAGGGGCAGACAAUGCAUGGCUGAUCUACUAUGUUACCUACCAAUGGCUUUACUAGUGAAACGUCCCCCGAUCUAGAACAGAAAACGUUAACACCAGGAGCUCUCCAGGCCUUUUUACCCAGCGAUGCUCAUGGGGGAAAUAAAAAAAAUACCCCAAACUGAACAAACUCCAAGUGCUGCCAUCGCCAGGGACUGAAACCUGAUGCCCCGUCACAAAGAACUCAGUUAUAACGGGGCUGGGAAGAAAAACCAGAGUGUAAGAGAGAGACAAUUUGCAAAGAGAAUCAAACUCCCAUUCCGAGAGUCUUUUCAUUUUUCCCUCCACUGGUGGUAAACUUAUGCUACCCCUUAUUAUUCUACUGUAACUAUAAAUCUUUUACUUGGUUUAAGACAGUUUUGUAUCAUUUUGCUAAAAAUUAUUGGCUUAAAUCUAUGUAAAGAAUUCUGUCUUUUUAUUGUUGCGUUUUUGUCUUUUUUUAAUUUUAUUUUAUUUUAUUUUAUUUUUUUCCGGUCUGACUUAAAAGAUGUUGACUUUGAAGAAUUCUGCAUCAAAGACACUGGCUUGGAGUUUUCAGGCAGGGAGUGUAUGUGAAUUAAAAUGAUCAAAUUUU